UAUGACUGGUCAGGCGCUAGUUCGCUGACGGAGAGUGAGUCAUUACGCUAGUCCUGGUUGGCUAAGCAGGGGGUUACUUUGAACCAAUGAGAAGCGCGUGCAACACAAUUCAAAUCGUGGACUUUCAGCGGCGGUUGCGCAAAUAAACCGUUUUUUUUUUUUUUUAGAUUGGUCGCCAUUGUGUGCUGUUCGGGACGAGUGUGGUGUGCGGCUGUGCCGUCUCCGCUGGCAUCAUGUCCUUCAAGAACAUUUACUACUCUGACAAGUACACGGAUGAGAAGUAUGAGUACAGGCACGUUAUGCUUCCAAAAGAAUUGGCAAAACAGGUACCAAAGACACAUCUGAUGUCUGAAGAAGAGUGGAGGAGACUUGGUGUUCAGCAAAGCCUUGGCUGGGUUCAUUACAUGAUCCAUGAACCAGAACCUCACAUACUGCUGUUUAGAAGGCCUCUUCCAAAAGACCAACAGAAAUGAGUUCACUUGACUUGCAUCUUUUGGGACAAUCUGUAUAUAUUGUAGUAUUCAGUGAAUACAAAGACUAUGACCCUCACAACCACAGCUGUGCACAAGCUGUAUUCUCAACAGCACCGGAGCUCUGGGAGUGUUUUCUACAUUGAGCUGCUAUUGUGUUCUGUUCUUUGUCUCUCUUUUUUUUUAUUUUUUUUCCCCUGUCACAUCUUUGUU